CGCAUGAGGACGCGAGUGAAAUAGACCGAGGUGGAAUUUUCAACGGGGAAUCUUCGGGGUGGUUUUGGUCCAUUUCUCCCGCGAAGAAGUCGACAUGGCGAGCGACUCUCCGGCUCGCAGCCUGGAUGAAAUCGAUCUCUCGGCUUUGAGGGACCCUGCAGGGAUCUUUGAAUUGGUGGAACUUGUUGGCAAUGGAACAUACGGACAAGUGUAUAAGGGUCGUCAUGUCAAAACGGGCCAGCUUGCAGCCAUCAAGGUUAUGGAUGUCACAGGGGAUGAAGAGGAAGAAAUCAAACAAGAAAUUAACAUGUUGAAGAAAUAUUCUCAUCACCGGAAUAUUGCUACAUACUAUGGUGCUUUUAUCAAAAAGAACCCACCAGGCAUGGAUGACCAACUUUGGUUGGUGAUGGAGUUUUGUGGUGCUGGCUCUGUCACUGACCUGAUCAAGAACACGAAAGGUAACACGUUGAAGGAAGAGUGGAUCGCGUACAUCUGCAGGGAGAUCUUACGAGGGCUGAGUCACCUGCACCAACAUAAAGUGAUUCAUCGAGAUAUUAAAGGGCAAAAUGUCUUGCUGACUGAAAAUGCAGAAGUUAAACUAGUGGACUUUGGAGUCAGUGCCCAGCUCGAUCGAACAGUGGGCAGGAGGAAUACCUUCAUCGGGACGCCCUACUGGAUGGCUCCAGAAGUUAUUGCCUGUGACGAAAACCCAGAUGCCACAUAUGAUUUCAAGAGUGACUUGUGGUCUUUGGGAAUCACCGCCAUCGAGAUGGCAGAAGGUGCUCCCCCUCUGUGUGACAUGCACCCCAUGAGAGCCCUCUUUCUCAUCCCCCGGAACCCAGCGCCUCGGCUGAAGUCUAAGAAGUGGUCAAAGAAAUUCCAGUCCUUUAUUGAGAGCUGUUUGGUAAAGAAUCACAGCCAGCGACCAGCAACAGAACAACUGAUGAAGCAUCCAUUUAUACGAGACCAACCUAAUGAACGACAGGUCCGCAUUCAGCUCAAGGACCAUAUUGAUAGAACAAAGAAGAAGCGAGGAGAGAAAGAUGAGACGGAGUAUGAGUACAGCGGGAGUGAGGAAGAAGAGGAGGAGAACGACUCAGGAGAGCCCAGCUCCAUCCUGAACCUGCCCGGCGAGUCGACGCUGCGGCGGGACUUCCUGCGGCUGCAGCUGGCCAACAAGGAGCGGUCCGAGGCCCUGCGGCGGCAGCAGCUAGAGCAGCAGCAGCGGGAGAACGAGGAGCACAAGCGGCAGCUGCUGGCCGAGCGCCAGAAGCGCAUCGAGGAGCAGAAAGAACAGCGACGCCGGCUGGAGGAGCAACAAAGGCGAGAGAAGGAGCUGCGGAAGCAGCAGGAGAGGGAACAGCGGCGGCACUACGAGGAGCAGAUGCGGCGGGAGGAGGAGAGGAGACGCGCAGAGCACGAGCAGGAAUAUAAGCGCAAACAGUUGGAAGAACAGAGACAAGCAGAAAGACUACAGAGACAGCUAAAGCAAGAGAGAGACUACUUGGUUUCCCUUCAGCAUCAGCGGCAGGAGCAGAGGCCUGUGGAGAAGAAGCCACUGUACCAUUACAAAGAAGGGAUGAGUCCUAGUGAGAAACCAGCAUGGGCCAAGGAGGUAGAAGAACGGUCAAGGCUCAACCGGCAGAGUUCACCUGCCAUGCCUCACAAGGUUGCCAACAGGAUAUCAGACCCCAACCUGCCCCCACGGUCGGAGUCCUUCAGCAUCAGUGGGGUUCAGCCUGCUCGGACACCCCCCAUGCUCAGACCAGUAGAUCCCCAGAUCCCACAUCUGGUAGCUGUGAAAUCCCAGGGACCUGCUUUGACCGCCUCCCAGUCGGUGCACGAGCAGCCCACGAAGGGCCUCUCUGGGUUUCAGGAGGCUCUGAACGUGAGCUCUCACCGUGUGGAGAUGCCGCGCCAGAACUCGGAUCCCACCUCUGAAAACCCGCCUCUCCCCACUCGCAUCGAGAAGUUUGACCGAAGCUCUUGGUUACGACAGGAAGAAGACAUUCCACCAAAGGUGCCUCAAAGAACAACUUCUAUAUCCCCAGCAUUAGCGAGAAAGAAUUCUCCUGGAAAUGGUAGUGCUCUGGGACCCAGACUAGGAUCUCAACCCAUCAGAGCAAGCAACCCUGACCUCCGGAGAACUGAGCCCGUUGUGGAGAGCCCCUUGCAGAGGACCAGCAGUGGCAGUUCCUCCAGCUCCAGCACCCCUAGCUCCCAGCCCAGCUCCCAAGGAGGCUCUCAACCUGGGUCACAAGCAGGAUCCAGCGAACGGACCAGGGUUCGAGCCAACAGUAAGUCGGAAGGAUCACCUGUGCUCCCCCAUGAGCCUUCCAAGAUGAAACCUGAAGAAUCCAGGGAAAUUACCCGACCUAGUCGACCGGCUAGCUAUAAGAAAGCUAUAGACGAGGAUCUGACGGCAUUAGCCAAAGAAUUAAGAGAACUCCGGAUUGAAGAAACAAACCGCCCACUGAAGAAAGUGACGGAUUACUCCUCCUCGAGUGAGGAGUCGGAAAGCAGUGAUGAAGAGGAGGAAGAUGGAGAGAGCGAGACCCAGGACGGGACAGUGGCUGUCAGCGACAUACCCAGACUGAUACCCACAGGAGCCCCCGGGAGCGCUGAGCAGUACAAUGUGGGAAUGGUUGGCACGCACGGGCUGGAGACCUGUCACGCAGACACUUUCAGCAGCAGUAUUUCAAGAGAAGGGACCUUGAUGAUAAGAGAAACGUCUGGAGAGAAGAAGCGAUCUGGCCAUAGUGACAGCAACGGCUUCGCCGGUCACAUCAACCUCCCGGACCUGGUGCAGCAGAGCCAUUCCCCUGCGGGGACCCCCACUGAGGGCCUGGGACGCGUCUCCACCCACCCCCAGGAGAUGGACUCUGGGACUGAAUAUGGCAUGGGGAGCAGCACCAAAGCCUCCUUCACCCCCUUUGUGGACCCCAGAGUGUACCAGACGUCUCCCACUGACGAAGAUGAAGAGGAUGAGGAAUCUUCAGCUGCCGCUCUGUUUACUAGCGAACUUCUUAGGCAAGAACAGGCCAAACUAAAUGAAGCAAGAAAGAUUUCAGUGGUAAACGUAAACCCAACCAACAUUCGGCCUCAUAGCGACACACCAGAAAUCAGAAAAUACAAGAAGCGAUUCAACUCAGAAAUACUUUGUGCAGCUCUGUGGGGUGUAAACCUCCUGGUGGGAACUGAAAAUGGCCUGAUGCUUUUGGACCGAAGCGGGCAAGGCAAAGUUUAUAAUCUGAUCAACCGGAGGCGAUUUCAGCAGAUGGAUGUGCUAGAGGGACUGAAUGUCCUCGUGACGAUAUCAGGAAAGAAGAAUAAGCUACGAGUUUACUAUCUUUCAUGGUUAAGAAACAGAAUAUUACACAAUGACCCAGAAGUAGAAAAGAAACAAGGCUGGAUCACUGUUGGGGACUUGGAAGGCUGUAUACAUUACAAAGUUGUCAAAUAUGAAAGGAUCAAAUUCUUGGUGAUUGCCUUAAAGAAUGCUGUGGAGAUAUAUGCUUGGGCUCCUAAACCAUAUCAUAAGUUCAUGGCAUUUAAGUCUUUUGCAGAUCUCCAGCACAAGCCACUGCUUGUUGAUCUCACAGUAGAAGAAGGUCAAAGAUUAAAGGUUAUUUUUGGUUCACACACUGGUUUCCAUGUAAUUGAUGUUGAUUCAGGAAACUCUUAUGAUAUCUACAUACCAUCUCAUAUUCAGGGCAAUAUCACUCCUCAUGCCAUUGUCAUCUUGCCUAAAACAGAUGGAAUGGAAAUGCUUGUUUGCUAUGAGGAUGAGGGGGUGUAUGUAAACACCUACGGCCGGAUAACUAAGGAUGUGGUGCUCCAAUGGGGAGAAAUGCCCACGUCUGUGGCCUACAUUCAUUCCAAUCAGAUAAUGGGCUGGGGCGAGAAAGCUAUUGAGAUCCGGUCAGUGGAAACAGGACAUUUGGAUGGAGUAUUUAUGCAUAAGCGAGCUCAAAGGUUAAAGUUUCUAUGUGAAAGAAAUGAUAAGGUAUUUUUUGCAUCCGUGCGAUCUGGAGGAAGUAGCCAAGUGUUUUUCAUGACCCUCAACAGAAAUUCCAUGAUGAACUGGUAACAGAAGAGCACUUGGCACUUAUCUUCAUGGCGUUAUUUCUAAUUUAAAAGAACAUAACUCAUGUGGACUUAUGCCAGUCUAGAGGCAGAAUCAGAAGGCCUGGUUGACCAUACCGCUUUACCCUUUUCCUCUCCCUCCACCCGUCCCAGUACAGUCCAUCUUUCAAUGUUGCAGCCUGGUUGAGAAGGAGAGAAAAAGGUGGCAGGAAUUUCCAGGAGAUCCCCAAGAAUGCUGCGUUGUCUAUGGACAAAGAUGGACCACGUGCCCUUCGGAGUUAGGGAUAGAAACAAAUAUUGUGUGCUCUUAUGAUUAAGCUGUGUUCUG